AUGAGUAUUUCAUUUAAGAUUCAUUAUGUCACUGUUCCUGAUCAAGUGUUAUUCGUUGUAUUUGAUGAUGGAAAAGAAGUUCCAUUAACAUGGACCGAAGGUCAUUAUUGGGUUGGAAAUUAUAAUUACGAAGCUCCAAAACAUUACACAUGGCAUUACGUUGUGAGAAGUUAUGAUUCUGGAAAGAAUCUCAGAGAAGAAGAAAUCAUUGGAACUCGUGAACAUGACUUUGUUAGUAAAGCACAAGUUCAUGAUUGGUGGUUUUACCCAUGGUUAACUGAAAUUGUUGAAGACCCAUCUGAAAAAGAACUUAAAGAGACUGAAGAAAGAUUAAAGAGAGAAGCUGAGGAAGCUGAAAGAAAAAGAAAAGAAGAAGAAGAAGAAAGAUUAAGAAAGGAAGAAGAGGAGAGAUUAAGAAAGGAGGAAGAAGAGGAGAGAUUAAGAAAGGAGGAAGAAGAGGAGAGAUUAAGAAAGGAGGAAGAAGAAAGACAGAAAAAAGAAGAGGAAGAGAGACUAAGAAAGGAGGAAGAAGAAAGGUUAAGAAAGGAGGAAGAAGAAAGGUUAAGAAAGGAGGAAGAAGAAAGAUUAAAGAGAGAAGCUGAAGAGGCUGAAAGAAAACGAAAAGAAGAAGAAGAAAGAUUAAGAAAAGAAGAAGAAGAAAGAUUAAGAAAAGAAGAAGAAGAAAGAUUAAGAAAAGAAGAAGAAGAAAGAUUAAGAAAAGAAGAAGAGGAAAGAAAGAAAAAAGAAGAAGAAGAAAGACUUGCUGCUGAAGAGGCUGAAAGAAAGAGAAAAGAACUUGAGGCUGCUAAAACUCCAUCACCAACCCCAGAAGAAGAAAAAAAGAAAGAAAAAGAGUUAAAGAUUAGGUUGUGUGGUUCAGAAACCAAUUGGGAUCUUUUCAAAAUGUGGACUGGUAAAGCAUGUUGCCAUGUAUUAUAUGAUUCUACUGUUGAUGAAUUUACUGCAGAGGCAUUCAAUGAAUGUGUUGGAGGAAAUAAUAGUGUUAUUGUGUUUAUUCAUUCACAAGGAUAUAUUUUUGGCUCUUAUACUUCAGUAAAAAUUCCAGAAGCUGGAGAAAAUGGAGCUGAAGUUAAAAAUGAUUCAAAGAGCUUUGCUUUUUCUUUCUCAAAUCCAUACGGUCAUGGAGCAAUUAGAUAUAUUUGUGAUGAACCAGAGACUACACUCAAAUUAUUCCCAAAUAAUGAUUCAGAAAAUGUUGUUGAAGUACACAACUUCUUCACUGUUAAACAAGAGAAAGAUAAAUGUUAUAUUAGUAAGAAUUUUGAAAAGUCUUAUAAUGAAACUUCUGGAAGAGGUGCUUUAAUGUUUGUUAGAGCUGUUGAACCAGAUACUUUCCCAAUUGAUGAACUUAUUGCUGUUAAAUUGACUUUCAACAAGAACAGAUAA